UCCCCGAGGCAACAGGUCUUUCCAACACAGCCUAACUGUGCCCUCCAGUGGACACAGCCAGCGGCCAUCACCGGUGCCAUCGGUCAUUAGUGUCGUUUUUUUUUUUUUUUUCGCUCUUUGUUUUGCUUUGCGGAUUAAAACCAGCCUUUGUCUUCUUAUCAAGACUGUUUUUUUUCCAGCUGUAAAAUGUUGCGCAAGUUAAACUUAGUUCAGAGGAAACGCUGUUUCAUUUCUCCAGCAGCCAUUCCCUCUCCUCAGUGAAGACACGCCAGGGCAGCGCGCUUGGUUGAGCAGCGCCGGAGGAAGCAAAGCGUGGAAGGAGAAGAGUCCACCAAACUCAGAACGAAAGGACUUGGGAUUUAUUUGUCUGCUCUCAGCGGUCACCUCCACAGUGUCACUUUGGUCUGGGCUGAGUGAAAAAGCAACAAGCACCUGCAGGGCCGCAUCUGUGGCCCAAACCCCAUUACUGCAGUAUGGGCAACUUCUCCAGCAAGGACGGCCAUGGACCCACAGGGGUCCAUGGAGAUAGUUUCCACACUCCUCCUACUUCUCCACAGGGUGAUGUGCCUGCCUUAAUGCCUGGUGUCCCCCAACUCCACCCUACCUCUUCUCAACCUUCCCUUGCUGCCCCGGUUUCACCUCCACCUCCGGUCCCCUUCAUCACAUCCAUCUCUAGGAAAUCACAUCCCAGCACCACCACUUCCCCGACCACCCCCAGCACUUCCAGUCCCGCUCCUGACUGGAGGACUCAUCCACCUGUCAGCUCAAACAGCUCAACCACUGGCCCUGGAGUUAGCCCGGUGCACAACAAGCCAGGGACUAGUACGGUUAAAGGACAGGUUACCUUGGGGAGGAAUGGGGGUCCUCCAACCUCUACUCCUAGGACCCCAGUCUCCCAAGGGAAGACUGUGGCUGUCAGCCCCACAAAGAGCCCCUCUUCUCUGUGUAGUGCCUCACCUUUGGCGGGCAGCUCUUCGGGGCAGAACUGGAGAGAAAGGGACAGUGGUCUGAGUCAGUCUUUACUGCCUGGUCAUGAAGCUGGGGACAGCCAUGGUGAGGAACUGGAGAAGCUGCUGGAGGAGUGUAGGACAUCACUGGGUAUCACUGGCAGUCAUGACAAGGCCACGAACACAACAGAGAUACUGAAGCACCUACUGACAGAGGUGAAGAAUUUGAAGAGUACUUUGCAGACCGAGCGUGGGGAAUGGCUGCAGUUCCAGGCUGACCUCCAGGUGGCAGUGUCAGUGGCAGACCGUCUGAGGGCUGAAGCAGAGGAAGAGCUGACGGCGCUCCGUACGGCACACAAGGACGUCGAGAGGGAGCUGGCAGCCGCCCAGCAGAGACAGAAGGAGGCUGACAUGCAACUGGUCACCUUGAGAGGGGAGUUGAAGGAGAGCAGGCAGAGACUGGCAACUCUCACCCAGGCUCAAGGCAAAAAUGAUGCACAGGCUCCACAUCAGGAACCAGAGAGGCCCAAUGCAGAACCAGCCAACACUUCUGAGAGCAAGGAAGGGACCCAGAGGGGCAGGGAGAGGGUGUUGUACAGGCUGGGACGAGAAGGGAUGGAUAGCAAGGGUGAGAAUGACGUGACAAAGAAUGUUGCCAGCGAGGAGGCGAGAGCAGGCUGUAAAGGUGUGACCAAACGUUACCUGAGAAAUGUGACCAAUGAGGAUAGGAGUGGAGAGGAGGUGCGACCCAAUGAGACACGAAGGACAGUGACCACAGAGAGAUCAAGAAGCCUGUCCAGACUACCUGCCUCCUCAGACUCCCUCACCGUGCAGAAUGGAACCUCCCAGUCCAAUACUGCCACAACAAUUGGACCCACAAACAAGAACUUGGCACAACUAAGAGGCCGAAGAAGUCUGGAUUGGCAAGACAGCAAGUCAAGCACUGACACAGGAAAACGUGAGGAGUCUCUAAACAAGUACAACUCUGCCCUCACUGAAUUACCUCCCACCAAGUCCCAGGAUGGUUUCAACCUGCUGCUGCGUCGACACGGAGGCUCUAAGAGAAACUCACUUCUCCGCUGGUGUCAGAGCAGAACCCAAGGCUACAAGAAUAUUGACAUCACCAACUUCAGCAGCAGCUGGGCUGAUGGCCUCGCCUUCUGUGCUGUCUACCACACCUACCUCCCCUCACACAUCCCCUACAGCACUCUUACCCUGGAUAACAAGAGGGAGAAUCUCAGUCUGGCAUUCAAAACAGGAGAGACUGUUGGGAUUGCACAAACCCUGACAGUAGAGGAGAUGCUGAGAGCAGGUGGUCCUGACUGGCAACGGGUCCUGAGCUACGUGGAGAGCAUGUACCGUCACUUUGAAAUGUGACUGCUGGAGGUACUGACAGACUGUCCUGUAGUGGAUCCUUAAGGACUCAUCAAAAGCAGCACCUCAACUUAUAAUGAUGAUGGCUCCCUGAAUACUAUACCAUACCUUUGGUAGGUGCUGGGAAACUGUUUGCAAAAAAAAUUGACAUUUAAAGCUACUAUGUGCAACUUUUUGACAUUAAAAUAUUAUUUUGCUUGAUGAUAAGGUACAGGAUAUUUUACAGAUAACAAUAACAAUGCCAAAAGGCCAUCCAUAACGGAAGGACAAUGGACAUCAGCUUUUCCUACUCUGUUAUAAUUUCUGUUCAUUUUUAACGUGUCUUUAUGGAUAGCAAGAAAAAUGGUGUGGAAAUAUUUUAGCAAAUUGGACAUACUUACUAUAUUUAUUUAAUAGUUGUCUUUACAUACAUCAAAUUUUCAAGCUAAGCAGAUGUGUUUGUAACACUGCACACAAAUUUAUUUUUCUGAAGAUAUGUUUUAUCCUUAAAUUGUUGAAAUAAUAGAUUUCUAGAUAGCCUGGUGAAGGCUUAAUGUUGAAACACACCUUUUUCUAAAAUAAUAAUAGUUUGGAUAUUUUACUUUGCUCCUGUGGGUUGAAGUCCCUUCUGCUUUGUUUGCUGUGACCGGGUUAGAGGCUGUGGAAGUGAUGUAAUAAGUAUUAAGUUUUGAUUGGUUUGUUACCAUUGACUCUACAGUCAGUAUUACAUUUUUUUGUUGUUUACAUUUUGAUAAGUUUCAUAUUAAUGACGUGAUAUUUCACAUACAUCAGUGUAUCAUCAGCGUAUCCAGUUGAGUAAAAAGGAGUGAAUGAUUAACAAAGCACUGCCUAUUUAAUGCAAAGAGUUACAUAUUGUAGCUUUAAAAGUGACUGACCACCUCACAGAAAUUCAGAAUGUGGAUCUUUUUUAUAGCAUCUCUUUUAGGAAGGUAGUUGUAUGUACAGAAUGAGUUGCUGUAUGUGUCUCCACACUGGUACUUCACUGGCAGAAAGUACUGUAUUACAUCAUGUCUUUUUAUCUGCCAAUAUGUUUUGCUUUUUAACCUUGUAUGUGAUGCUUUGCUAAAAUUCCUCUUCUUCCUGGACCUUUUAGCACUCUGUAAAUAUGCACUUUGUCAGCACUUUGUUGGAGUAAGAAUGUAAUGAUGUACAGAACAGAUUUGACAGAGCUGCUGUAGUCUUGGUAAAAGCUGGAUGGGCAUUCAGUUGCAAGGCUGCAGACCAGUCAAUUUCUGUUUUUUUUGGCUGUUGAUGUUUUCUCACAGGAAAAGCAAGGACUGUGUGACAGUGAUUGAAAUCUAAAAAGUGCCUCCAUGUUAUCACAAGUGUGCCAGUGCUGUUUAGGCGCUCAGGGAUGUGCAUUACAGCAGUGACAUAGAGCAGAAAAACACAAGCUUACACAGGCUUGCACAUCCAGUUUCAACAUCGUGUCACGUCACACCUGCAUCCUCACAGACACACUGUCAUAUUUCACUAAGUGCUGAGAAACUAAAAGCCAGGUAUUGUUAGGACAUGUUUAAAGCUUAGUUUGUUGCCAAAUAUAAGUCGUACGUGCCAAAUAUUGGUCAAAUACACCUUACGUUGUAAAACAUGUUUAUAUGUAACUAGUGUGGAAAAAAACAUGAUACCAAAGAAAUAAAAUAUUAAUAUGAAGCAAAUAAUAAUGUGUGAGUAUGGUGUAACCAUGUGACCAAAUAUAAAAAUUUGAGUUCAUUUAACAGUUGCUACAAUAAAAAGAUUGGACAUGAGCAUCCAUUUGAGGGCUUUUAUCAAGUCAAAUAUUCCCAUCUCUUCUGGUUUGACAUGCCACUUCAAAGUGAUGAAUUAGCCUUGAGUCUGCUGCCUCCUGCUGGUCAGAAAGAGUUAAUACAGACCUUGAUUGUGCCUGUGUCAUCAUGUUCCUGAGUGAAAAUUUUAAUUACUGCUUAGUGGUUAAAACACAGCCCCACAAUGCCUGCUAUUUUCCUCCAUGCUGCUAUUUUUUGCUGCAAACUCUAUGUGUAACCUGUAUUUUUGUGUCACACUGGCAUACAUAAAAUAAACAAUGGCGUUACA